UGGCUGAUCACCAAAUGUCAAAUAUCUAUUUACCAUCUACCAGUAAAAACCUGCUUCCUUGCUGACAGUGGGAAGCUCAUCCCACACCUGUGUGGCCAGAACAGACAGGAGACCAUCACGUUGAGCAAGCACUCCCAUUUAGGGAUAUUUAAGAGGCGCCAUCCCAAACACAUCCACAUUCCAACUGACUAGUCAACAAUUAUCUACCAAAGAUCCACCGGUGAAAACCUGCAACCUUACGGACGGGAUGAAGGUGAAAAUGAUUAUGUUACUUUUUCAAAUCUUGGCGAUUUCAACCCUCAAGUCAGAUUCAGCUGACAUUCCUGAGGGAUACACGCAAGAGAAUGUGGCUAUACGAGGGAAGGCCACUCAGUCAGCACAACUGCGGGGGGAACAUGCUGCUUUAUCCCAUGCAAGCAAUGCCAUUGAUGGAAACCGAGAUUCUAAUUUCUACCAUGGAUCCUGCACCCACUCCUCGGGAGAGGCCAACUCUUGGUGGAGGGUGGACCUGAAGCAGGUGUACACAAUCACCUCCGUCACCAUCACCAACAGAGGAGACUGCUGUGGAGAAAGGAUCAGUGGAGCUCAGAUCCUCAUCGGCAAACACCUGAAGGACAACGGAAUCAAUAAUCCACAGUGCAGUGUGAUUAGCUCUAUGGCAACAGGAGAGACUAAAACCUUUCACUGUCCGCAGCCAAUGAUUGGACGCUACGUCACAGUGUACCUUCCAACUGCAGAAUCCCUUCACCUCUGUGAAGUGGAAGUGAAUGUUUUAUUUCCUGCCCCUUGUUAAGUAGUUUGCAAAUUCCUUCGUAUUUAAACGUGAUUGUUUCUUUACAGUCAGAUGCAGUGAAUCUGAAAUGGGGUAAUGAAAUAAAUUUGACUCUUUUGGGAUUUUGGGAUUAUGCUGUCAAGAGUCUACAAAAAAACCUUUUGAAGUUCUGCUUGAGUUCUUUCUGCAAGUUGAUUUAUGACUUCAUUUUCUUUUUAGCACAUCAAAUAGACACUCAAUGUAUCAAAUAAACAUUUAAGGCAUUGACAUACAUGUUCUGCAAGUUCAUCUAUUGACUGAUUUUCUUUGUAGUGCAUCAAAUAAACAUCUCAUUUAAAGCA